GGACCUCCGUAAGGUACUGAAGGUAAGCCGCAUGCAUGCCAGCCCGCCGGCAUCCGCGCACUCAUCUGCUGCUAGAUCCGACUCCCAUUAUUCCCAUUCCCCAUGCUGCUGCACGACGUUUUUCCUAUUUUCUUAUUCUCUCCUCUCUCUCACUCUCACUCUCAAAUGCACAGUUUUCGCACUUCUAGCUAGGUAGCCUGGUGGAUAUUUCGUGUUCCCUGGUAUUUUCGUACACUCCAGCUGUGCUACCUGCCGAGAUAUCUCCCUGCAAGCUUGACUUUGGUUUUCGCCCUGCACCCGGGAUCGCUCGUUCUAAGCGGGGUACUACUGUAUUCCGUACCUUACCUACCAGCUACCCUCUGCUCCAGCAACUUUUCUCGAAAGGCACAGCAUAGACGAUCAACACUCUCAGAGAGCUGACACCAAGACUCAGCAAAUAUGCCUUCCUCGGCAAUCGCACAGCAGUUCGAUAGUAUAGAGGAUACUAUCGAAGCGUACAAAAACGGCGAAUUCAUAGUCGUCCUCGACGACCUCUCCCGCGAGAACGAAGGCGACCUCAUUAUCGCCGCUCAAGACGUCACCCCCGAAAAGAUGGCCUUCAUGAUCCGCUACACCUCGGGUCUAAUCUGCGCACCCAUGGCCCCCUCCCUAACAACGCGCCUCGACCUCCCGCAGAUGGUAUCCCAGAGCGAGAGCGAGGACCCGAACCGCACGGCGUACACGGUCUCCGUGGAUGCCAAGAGCGCGCUCACAACGACGGGCAUCAGCGCGCAUGACCGCGCGUUGACCUGUAGGACGCUGGCGAGUGGGGAGGCGACGAGGGACAGCUUUAGGAGGCCUGGGCAUGUGUUUCCGUUGAGGGCGAAGGAGGGGGGUGUGAGGGAGAGGACGGGUCAUACGGAAGCGGCGGUGGAGUUUUGUAGGUUGGCGGGGAAGAGGCUCGUGGGUGCGAUUUGUGAGUUGGUAGAGGAUGGGGAGGAGGUGGAGGGGAGGGCGUGGAGAAAGGAGCCUGAGAUGAUGAGGAGAGAUGGGUGUUUGGCGUUUGGGAAGAGGUGGGGGUUGAGGGUUUGUACUAUUGAGGAUCUAGUGGAGUAUGUAGAGAGGAAAGAAGGGAAGUUAGUGAAGAAGGUUACGAAUAGUUAUUAGGAAGCGUUAAGAGGGAAUUGCAAAAAGAAUAAGGGUUUACACUUCGCACUCUUAUCAGGUACAGAUUUUCUAUCUAUCUAUUUCAAUCGAGUUUCUCUAUCCUACUUGUACUACAGUCCGAAGACAUGUUUAUUGUGCUCGGUCUUGACUCACGCACUUGUGAUAUCGUAAACAUUCUACAAGGAACUCUAUGAUUCAGAUAAAAACAAUAUGCAUCAUUAGAGACGCUAGGACUCUGUAAAGGAGAAGGUGUAUUGCAAAGUUUUGUUUCAUUU